ACAGGCUCCUCUAGAAACCACCCGAGAUGUUACAAGUCACAGAGGAUACACCUCCGGAUAUGCUGGCAGGUGCCAUGGACUUGACGGUACACCUUCCAUCAGGACAUCCAGUAAGGAUGUCGGUUGAAAGGAGUACCCCUAUGAUGGAUCUGCUGGUCCAGAUUACCGCCAAACAACAGUUGCAACUCUCCGGGUACACGCUGCAAGCACUCAGCAUGGCCCCGUGGUCUGACGAGUACGACAAAGUGUUGCCAUACAAGCCAAACACUCCUAUUGGCACGCUGGACACUCAGCAUGUCAAAGUUGUUGCUAAGUCUAGGUCUAGUACGCUUUAUAAGAAAAGCUCGCCAGGACAGCAACCUUUCGAAAGUACCUUCCGACUGAAAGUGUUUCUGCCUAGAAAUCAACUUUUCGUCACUAGGGUUCAUACGGACGUCCUUUUGGAGCAGAUCAUGAGGAAAGUUUGCGAAGAAAAAUGCUUAGAUCCAAGAAAAUACGAAUUUAGGAAUCCAGGCAACUUGGACGAAACUUUAGAUCCGAAAUUGACGUUGAGCGACUACCAGAUCACCGAAAUCUACUUGGUGGCCAAAGGGCUGACGAAUUUUAGCCAAGUGGCCGCUGCCGCGAAUGUGACAGUUAUGAGAAAGGAGGAGGAGACCAAACAGAUGCACAACAAGACAGGAGGAGGGGUGUUCAAUUUGAUAUUUAGGAGAGGAAAAGCGAAAAAUGGAACUUUGAAAAAAGAAAACUCCACCUGGUCGACAGAGUCAACUGAACAAUGUCCAAAAGUGCCACAAAGAAAGAGGAGACCUGCUCCAAAACCUCCUUCUACUUCACCUGGUAGCAGCUCUAUCCAGGAAAACCAAAGAGAAGAAGAAAAUGCUACAGGUAGCGGUAUUUCAGAAACAGACUCACAGGUUAGAAAAACAGAUGCAAGUCUACUUAUCUGCCAUUCCCGGAACAGCAGUGAUAGUUCAGGGUACCAUGAAGCAUCAGUCUUAAGUGAAAACAAUGCUUCACUACCAAGAAGGCCCAAGUCAGCAUUAGUCGCCCGAGAAAGUGAAGGAUUGUCCAAGAUGUAUAGCCAGAGUGUUACGAAUCUAACUAGGAUAUCGUCGAAGCCAUCUACCAGCUUAGCAGUACCUGCUCGACGGAAAAAACCAGCACCUCUUCCUCCCCCCUUAAGGGCUUCAUCUACCGCGCUGAAUGUAGAGAGUCCUGUUUCUGCUGCUUCUAGUCAACAAGUCGACAAUACAGAUGAAAAUUUGUCGUCGCAACAACCUUACGACAGCAUCGUGUCCUGCCAUGCAGCCAUAGCAGUUACAAAAAACGAGCACAGCAAUUGCUUUGGGUCAACAGACAGUGGAAUCGCUCAAGAAACCUUAGAAAAAUCUGUAGAAUCUGAUCCUUCCUACAAUGUACCUGCCGUUCCGCCACCACCUAUAUCAGCUUCGAACAUGGGCGAAAGGAAGAUAUGUCCAUCGAACGAACUACAGACUACAGAAGUACCAAAUGAGCAAGAAUCAGAUACCAUAGAUUGGCAGUACCAACUUCCUUCACCACCAAAGCCGUUCAAGGAUGCAGAAUGUCUUGCAGACGACACAUUGUUGUCCAAAUGUGUUGGAGUACCAUACUCGGAACUUUUUGAAAAGCUCAAACAAGUUGAAGAAGUUAGAGCAGAAGGUACUUCAACUACAAACGAAGCUGACAGCACACCGGAUGAUACGCCUAUUAAAGGAAAAAGUAGUACUCUGACAAGCUCUUCAGGAAGUACCAUUGAUGAUAUUAGCGGAUUAAGAGUAAAACGUAAUACUUUACAUGAAAAAGAAUUUGAUACCAGUACCAUAAAAAGUAGUAUCACUAGUGACACAAGUGAAUUCAUGAGAAAAAGUAGUGUUAUUUCAAGCCGAUCUAAUAGUACCUUAGAUAAUCUUUCAGAUAUAUCUGAACAUCCCUACGCAGUAAAGGAGAAGGAACAACUUGAUAUUGAGAUGAGUGAACCUAGAAAAAAUGUUUUGUCAACAGUGCAUAAUGGUACCGAAUCUGAGAGCAGUAAACGCAGUAGCAUAACCGACACUGGUGAAAAUAGAAAAACUACAUUAUCACCAAUAUAUCGUCAAUCAAGUAAUAGUAAUAGAAGUAGCAUUAGUAAUAUCAGCGGAAGCAGAAUAAGGGCAGCGUCACCAAUACAAACUAUUGAUCAAUCAGAGAAUAGUAAACGGAGUAGCAUUGCAGACACUGGCGAUACCAGAAAAGACACAAUGUCACCAAUAUAUAGUCUGAACCAAUCAGAUAGCAGUGAGCGUAGUAGUAUGAUACAUACCAACGAAAGUAGAAUGAACGAAUUAAAAUUGAAACCAUCAAUGGAAAAUUAUGUAAUUGCUAGCAAUACAGUAGAUAGUAGAAACAAAAUGUCUACAGCUAAAACAUCUGACAGUUAUCUAAAGAACGGUACAUGUGAUAGUGUAGUUGAUACUGUUAAUGUCAAAACACAUGUAUCAACAGAUGAAGAUACACGGCUGACUUCCAGCAUGUCACCAAUUUCUAUGGAUAGGAAAGGAAUGCAAGAUAGAAGAUCAUCUUCGACAUCUUCUUAUGCGAAUCAACACAGAACUGAUACGUCAACGAAUACAAUAAGUGUCUGCACCGCAGCUCCAAACUCUAGUCCUUCGCUUGAUAAUGAAGAAAAGAAAUCUAGUCCUUCAACCUAUAACAAAUUUCAAAAUUCUAGUCCUUCACCUCCUAAGCACGACAAAACACCUAGUCCUCCACCUAUCAAAUUUAUUCAACGUCGAGUUCCAACCAACACUUUGCCUAACUUCAAAAUUUCAACUUACAAUGAACCCAAACAGAAAAUCACUGUUUUUGAAGACGAUACCAUUAGAAGUAAUGCUAAUAGACCUGCUAGUAUGUAUGCCCAGGGUCUUAGCAAAAACUAUUUUGGUGGAUCUUUCCAAGAUCUUGGUCCAAAUCCAAAUGUGGAAAAGAAGCGUAUCGAAGAGCCUCCGAUGAAUUUCAGUUCACUAAAUUCUGUGUCUAGGUCGGACUCAUUUUCAUGCGAUAAUGUUAGGAUGAAGUCCAAACCGGUGUCAAGAUCUAAGUCGCAUAUAAACCUGAAUGCCAACAGAUGGCGGAAAAUUGAGGAUCCAUUUGAGGAAGAAAUGUAUAAAAGUAAUAGCUUGUACGACUUAUCUGGCUUGCAGAGCUUGGAGGUGAGUAUUUUGCUUCAAUUUUGAAGGUUGAUUUAAUGUCGUUUAAUACUUUGCAUCCAUGCGCGUUGAGUGGUAAGCCGAUUCUGAACCCCAAAACUUAGUAGAAGCAUAUUGCGUUUGGAAAAUUACCUUGUGUUAGGCAGUUUCAUCCAAAACUACGAAAAUAGUCCCAUUCACUCGUCCGGGCGUGGUACCUAGUUGGAAUAGGAAACCAUAGUUUUGGGAUUGCCCUAUACCUGAAGCACUGCAUUUUGAUAUCAUCUAAUGUGCAUUUUUUCUUUGCCAGGUGAUGCGGCUUAUACAGAACAAGCUAACAACCUCAACCACAUCACUAGAAAGGAUGGAAGACGAAAAGCCAAAUCGCAUAGAUCGCUCAAAUACCUUCAAUGACAGGCACAAGCUCAACUCAGACCUGUCUUCCAAAGAAAUCGUUCCAACGAACAAUCCAAUACGAUACAGGUACCAAAUGCAACCAUCUGUCAACAUGGGGACCUGGGCUGAGAGACCUAAAGUGACAAUCAACGCCAAACUUUCUGAAGAUCACACGUUGAAGCAAAGACCACAUUCGGUGGCUUUUCCUCAGGACUACGACCCAUCUAGAGUACCUGUAGUAAGAUCCGUGGAGCUCAAGAAACAUUUCAAAGCAGGAGAUGUCAAUUUGAAUCCAAAAGAGCCAGUACUAGAUUUAGGAAGCAAUGAUAGCGCGCCUAAUAUAAAUAGAGUGUAUAAUCGCAGUGAUAAAGAACCACCAAAUUUUGUAUCUAGGGUGAACUUCUUCCGAACAGCUGGUCCUACCGUUCGAGGUUUUAAAAACAGCUCAAAUACGUUAGACCUCAAGGAUCGUAAGGUCUAUUCCUCUAACCGUAAUAGCUUUGAGUUCAACACUCAAACUGGAAAUAGAUAUAAUACUUAUUUGAAUGGAGUACAUAGAAAUGGAAACAGUCCGGAGGUCAAGUCUCCUCCUGUACCUCCUGUAAUGCCUAAGGAGAUUAAUAAUAGGGUACAGAAACCUGUUCAUCUAGAUACAAGGUCUCAACUAUUGGAAGAGAUUAGAAACUUUGGUGGUAAAAAGGGAUUCAGAACGGCUCAAGUGUAGAUAUUUGUUUCAAUAUCGAGAUGUUUGGGAAUUUCUAGGAGCCUCAGUGCAUUUAUAAAUAUGUAUGUUUUUAAUCAAGCAUUCUUCCACUCAUGUCCAUUCUUGGUGACAUGUUCACAUCAUUUCAUCAUCUGGCACAAACUGGAAUAUAAAUCAAGCGUUAUAAUGUUUUUAAGUAGGAAGCAGAUGAAAAAAUAACUCGAAAAGUUCUCGUAAAAAUAGGUUUGAAAUGCACGCUUACCGAGCUACAAGGUGUAGAAGUUUUAAAUUCUAAAUAGAAAAAAAAUUAUAUCCUCACAGCCCAGAGUAUAUCAAGAUAUUGCCUCAAAAAGUUGUACAUAUAGUACUAACAGUAUAGUCAUUACAUACAAAAAAAUUAUUACCUAAGGCUGCACCAGUAGCGUGGAAAUAGGGAAAUUUUUACCUAUACAGAAGAAAAAGAAAAUUUUUUUCUACACCACUGAUUUUUAUGAAACAUGUAUUGAUAAGAUCAUUCAAUUUUACAUGAAUCGCUCUCCAAGCACUUAGUCAGUCUUCUGUUUUUAGAGAAAGACGGGAAUGUUUGAAGGUAAAAUCCGUAUAAAACCUUCUUCCCUUUCUACUUUUAAAUAUGCGGACGUUAGUUAAGCUUGGCAUUAAUAAUUAUAGGUAGUAAUCACAUCACGCCAUAAAGUUAUUCAAACAUUAUUAAUGUUUUCUCCUUAUUCAGUAUCAUCCCUGGAGUAUCUUGGUAACAGCUUAGGACAAAGUAUAUAGGAGCUCUUUUCUUAUUUUGGGAUGUACUUUCUACUCUAAAAAUAUUGCCACGUUAUUCUAAAUCACCUUGUAUUUGUCAUUAAAACUUAUCUUCAGUCUGAUGCAAACCCCACUUUUUGUGUAUUUGCGUCUUAUUUUCUAGAAGUUCUCUAACAUCGCAAAAGUUUAGUUUUUGAUGCUCAUUUUGCUGUAUAAGUCAUAUGUAAUUAUGUAUAUUUAGAGAGAAAGGGAUAUUGUUGGUUUAUACAAAAUUAUUUUUGUCGUCGCGCUGGAACUUAUAUAUUUUUCUUUGUAUAAACGAUAUUGCAUAUUUGUGGAAUUUGCUGUUACUUUAUAAUAUCCUUCAAGACUUCUAUAAUAUGGGACCAAAGGUUACGUGGAUUAUUUUUAUUUAUUUGUUAUAUAUGUAUAUGUACAACUACGUAUUAAAACUACAAUACAUUAUUUAAUGGAA